CCACAGCUUUCUUCGGCGGAUCUUCGCCACUCAUUCCUCUUUCUCUCAUUAUUUUUUCGACCUACAACAAAUCAACCAUGCUGCGCUGCCGUCCUUCCGCUUUUGGUCGUCCAAGAUCUUCUCUGGUAAUAGCUACUAGUAAUAAGAGAUGUCUUGUUAGUAGCAAUAAUACUGGAAGAAGAGGACCAUCUGCUGGCAAUCAGCAGCAGCAACAGCAGGCACUGCGUCGUCCCGAAUAUCUUCAAAAACUGCGAGUAUCCAAUCCCAUUAGCCAAGAAGCUUUGGGUGGCAAAUUUCCCCAACAAACCAAAAAUCUCAAGAAUCGACCAAACAGCAACAACAGCAAUCUCGUCAAUCUCAUUCGACAAACCAAUGCUACAAGUACUACAAGUACUACUCCAUCCGCCACGCAGUCCAACUUGCCAUCCAACUCUACCAAUAAUACCAAUAAUAAUAAUGAUAAUAAUACCAGGACCACGUCGGACUUGGUGGAUUUCUUCAAGAAACGGCUGGGUGAACACAACACUCAACAAAAAAAACAUGCUGCCAAUAAUAAUAACAAGUCGACGAAACAUCACAACGCGCCACCGCCAAAACAACUUCAAUCGUGGCGUCAUGGACUGCGAGCCGCCAAACAACAAGUCCAGCAAGCUCACAAUAAUAAGGAUCCAACGUCGGUUCUAGCCGUACUGAAUAAUCCACCAUCUACAAGUAAUAGCUAUAGCAAUAGCAAUACUGGAUCCGUGUCUCUGAUUGGACAGUACGUGGCAGAACUACAAAAACGAAAGAGUCAACAACAAACUACCCAAGAGACGGAACAGUCGACCACUACUCCUGAAUCUUCCACUGCGAUCAGCGAAAAAGUUCCAUCGUGGAGAAAAACCGUACGAGACUUUUCCAACAAUCCACCAAUAAUCUACAACCCACAACAGCAACCACAACAACAAACGAGUCCUGCUCCACCACCACCAACGACCAUGAGAAGAAGACCACCAGUGACGUUCGAAGAACCACCCCAAGAAAAAUUCAAGCCACCCCCGCCCAAACAAGUUCAAGUGGAUUUGCCGCCCCAUGACAUUUCCAUUCGAGAAUUAUCGAGAUUGUCCAGUGUCAAGGCUACAAAAAUCAUGCACGUACUGCAAGAUCUAGGAGAAUUGGCCCGCAAUCGCAGUCGACAUUCGGCGGAUGCCGACUUGGAAAUUGACCCGGAAGUGGCCGAAAUGGUCUUGUUGGAACUCAAUGUCCCAUUCACCAAACAGCAAUCCAAUGCGAAUACCAUUGACAAGGAUCAUGAACAACUCAUGGAACGACGAAGACGUAAUGAAUCCAUUGUUGCAACCACAACUACAACAAGUACACCUAGUAGUGAUGUGGACGAAGAACAGGAAGAACAACAACCAACAGUAGCUUAUGAUUCCUUGCCACCACGAGCACCGGUCGUGUGCAUCAUGGGACACGUCGAUCAUGGAAAGACCACACUCAUGGAUGCCCUACGAAGACGUGCGCAAGGAAACAGCAAUACCAAAAAGCAAUCCAAAAAGAAAAAGACCAAAAAGGCCAAAAACAGCAAUAGCGCCAACGCCAAGAACACGGACGUGGCAGGAACCGAAGCGGGAGGCAUUACGCAAGUGGUGAGUGCCUUUCAAGUACCACUCGACAACAAUGACAACAACAACAGUAUGAUUACCUUUUUGGAUACCCCCGGGCAUGCCGCCUUUAGUGCCAUGCGCAAUUCGGGAUCUCAUGCCGCCGAUAUUUUAUUACUGGUCGUCGCCGCCGACGAUGGAGUCCAACCACAAACGAUUGAAAUUAUCAACACAUACAAAUCCAUUGCCAAGGAAUCUGGCGGGGAAGGCAUUACCAUGGUCGUUGCCAUGAACAAAAUUGACAAACCCGGCAUUGACGUCGCCGAAAGUCAACGACGCAUUGAAAAUCAACUCUUGGAACACGACAUUUAUCCCGAGGGCGCCAGUGGCAGUGGCAGUGGCGCCGUCGCAAAUUCCGUACAGUUCUUUCCCAUUUCGGCCAAGACAUGUCUCGGGCUGGAGGAUCUCGUUGAAGGACUGGCACUCCAAAGUGAAGUCAUGGAUCUCAGGGCCGACAUCACCGCAAGUGCGGAAGGAAUUGUCAUGGACUCGCGUGCCGAACAAGGACUCGGGAUUGUCGUCGAUGCCAUUGUACGAUGGGGGUGUAUUCGACCGGGCGAUGUCGUUGUGAGCGAUACGUCGGUGGGAAAAGUGCGACUGUUAAAAGAUGUCAACAAUGGUGCGUUGAAGAAGGGCUUGCCUUCUCAACCCGUGCGGAUCGUGGGAUUUAAAUCAACUCCCAAAGCAGGAGAUCCUCUGGUGUGUGUUGCGUCGGAACAAGAAGGCAAUGAACUGGUGGAAAAGAGACUUGCCAUGCAGAGUCAAGACGCUGACGCCGACGCCAUGGCCAGCUUUUCGCAAGUGCAGGUGUCGGGCUGCGAAUCCAUGACGAGCACUGGAACGGAACGACGGCUCGAGAGAUACGAGUUGUCGCUCGACCAGGAGGAUGCUCCGAUUCGGAUUCCCGUAGUCUUGAAAGCCAGCGCGGAUGGAAGCGUUUCGGCGGUUCGGGAAGCCAUGUUGGAUCUCGCCAAGCUAUCGUCCUUUGACAUUAACGUGGAUACCAUCUCGGAAGGUGUUGGUCCAUUGUCGACGAGUGAGAUUGAAAUGGCAAGGGAAAGCAAUGCUUCGAUAUUCUGCUUUGAUGUCAAGAAUCAAGACAAGAACGUUCUGGCAAUGGCCGAAGCCGAGGGUGUCAAAAUUCACGAGUUUGACGUCAUUUAUUCCUUGCUCGAUGAAGCCAAAGAAGUGUUUACCAACUACCUCCCCGCUCUGCCCGUUGAAACGGUGCAUGGAAAGGCCAAGGUCGAAGCUGUCUUUGAAAUCAACGGAGGCAAAGACUCGGUUGCUGGACUGAAGGUCCUGGAAGGAUUUUUGUUCAAAACUAUUGUCGACUCGGACAAGGGUGCGCCGGUUCAAUACCGAGUUCUUCGAGAUGGAACGAAUGUUACAACCGAUGUCAAUGGGUCGAAGGCAUCCAGUCUGAAAAAGUUCAAGGACGAUGUAGACAAGGUCAGACAGGGAGAGGAAUGUGGCUUGAGCCUGUUGGGCCCUGUGGAGUACCAAGAAGGAGAUUUCAUUGAAUGCUACUCAAUUGAGAUGAAGAAAUCGUUCACUGGGGCCGUGCGAUGAUGAUGUCGAUGCUUCGUUGCAUCUCUAAGGUGUGCACGUUUGUUCCUUCGCUGCAUCGCUGCGUGAAAGCUGGAAAGUCUACGGGUUGCAAUAUGUUCGGCUGCGUUCCUUCACGGUAUAGAGCAAGUAGCUAGAGUAAAGUAUCAUAGCUAGAAUGAUAGAAAUGAGGCUGGAUGGCAUAUAGGAUCACCCGCAACCAGCCAGCAACGGGUCGUUCCAUCUAGUUUGAG